GCCUACCACUACAUAGCCUGUUACCAUUGAUUAUACCUAGCUGGCAAAAAUUGUUGAUUUAGAAGUUAAAUCUAAAUCUACUGAUCAGCAUGGCUCAGAAGAAUGCAUACUUUAUCCUUUCCACAUGCCUGAUGUUCCUGUCAUUCAGCCAAGGUCAAGGGGCUGCAGACGACUUGCUUUUGGCAGAAAGCGACCUUCCUUCUGUUAAAAUCAACUGCCCAGAAGGUGCUAAUGCCUACGGUUCCUACUGCUACUACUUCAUUGAAGAUCGUUUGACCUGGGGGGAGGCAGAUCUCUUUUGCCAGAACAUGAAUUCAGGUCACCUGGUAUCAGUGCUCAGCCAGGCUGAGAGCAACUUUGUGGCCUCUCUGGUUAAGGAAAGUGGCACUACAGUUAGCAAUGUCUGGACUGGACUUCAUGACCCCAAAAAUAACCGUCGUUGGCACUGGAGCAGUGGAUCUCUAUUUCUCUACAAAUCAUGGGCCACUGGGGCUCCAAGCACUGCCAAUCGUGGUUAUUGUGUGACACUGACGUCAAACACAGCAUACAAGAAAUGGAAGGAUGAAAACUGUGAUGCUCAGUACCCCUUUGUCUGCAAGUUCAAAGCCUAAAGUCACCGGUACAACUGAUGUUCAGAACACUGUUACUAUGUAGUAAAAAAUGAAAGAAGACCAUUGAUCCAUCCCUAAUUAAAUACAAUUUCCUCAAGA